AAAAACACUCCGGAUAGGUGAGCGCUUGAUUUCAGCUACUACUCCAUGAAGCCGCCUCUGACAGUCUGUGGGAUUGCCCUGUGUUUCUUUUCAGCAGAGUCUAAAUAUAAGUCGGUGACAAAUAUUCCAAAUACAGUAGCAACCCAACUGUGAUGUGGGGGUGGUGCUGAGAGAACAGCUCCGUCUCCAAAGUCCCCCCUCUGUUGGAUCCGGAGUCCGUCAGGAGAAGGUCGCAGAGAGUCGCAGCUCCCACCUGCACUUGCUGAUUUUUUUUUUAAUUUAUUACCAUGAAGAGACAAAACGCCAGGACUCUCGCCCUCAUCAUCAGCAUCCUCACCUACCUGGUGGUCGGAGCGGCCGUGUUCGAGACCCUGGAGUCGAAACAGGAGAAAAGUCACAAGAGGAAGCUCGACGCCAGAAAGUACGAACUCAUGCGCAAAUACAACUUGACCAAAGAGAACUUCGAGGAGCUGGAGCACGUCGUCUUACAGCUCAAACCUCACAAAGCGGGGGUCCAGUGGAAAUUUGCUGGGUCCUUUUACUUCGCCAUCACUGUGAUUACGACAAUAGGUUACGGCCAUGCGGCGCCCAGCACCGACUCAGGGAAAGUGUUCUGCAUGUUCUACGCCCUCCUGGGGAUCCCGCUCACCCUGGUCAUGUUCCAGAGCCUGGGCGAGCGGAUCAACACGUUUGUCAGGUACCUGCUGCACCAAGCCAAGAAGUGCCUGGGAAUGCGCCAGACCGAGGUCUCCAUGGCAAACAUGGUGACUGUGGGCUUCUUCUCUUGCAUGAGCACCCUGUGUGUGGGGGCCAUGGCGUUUUCCCACUGCGAGGGAUGGAGCUUCCUCCACGCCUUCUACUACUGCUUCAUCACACUCACCACUAUCGGGUUUGGAGACUAUGUGGCUCUGCAGAGGGACGACGCGCUGCAGAACGACCCUCGGUAUGUGGCCUUCUGCUUUGUGUACAUCCUUAUGGGCCUGACAGUGAUCGGAGCUUUCCUAAACCUGGUGGUGCUUCGCUUCCUGACCAUGAACAUGGAGGACGAGCGGAGGGACGCCAAGCAGAGGGCCUUGAUGUCCAUCAGUGUGCCCAGAGGAGAGGUGGCUCGUCUAUUACCAGUCUCAGCCUCAACCUCUUCUACACCUGUAGCAGACGACACCACAAAGGCUAAAGACUUAAAAGGUGCCUACACGGAGGUGCUGCAUUUCCAGACUAUAUGUUCUUGCUUGUGGUAUAGGAGCAAGGAGAAGCUGCAGGGCUCCAUACCCACUAUGAUCCCUCAGGAGCUGACAUUCUCUGAUGCCUACUUGCAGCAGAACAGUAACUGUCCUCACUACAUGGAGCCUUUAUCGACAGGCUGCGUUUGCAGUCCACGUCAGUGUUCGAGCAUAAGCUCCAUAACAACGGGCCUACACAUUCUCUCUCCGUUAAGGGUGUUUAAGAGACGCAGCUCCGUCUAGCCUUGCAAUACAACAGAUUUCAGCACAGCACAAUGCGUGCCAAGCGGACAGCAGAUACUUGGCAGUCCUCACAGCAAAGACAUGACUGCAAGUAGACGUUUGUGGUGCUAUAAUCCCAGUAAACCAACAGUAGGGCGCACAAAAGGGAAAAGCACAUACAGUACUGUAAACAGCAAAGUCUUACUCAAAUAUGCAUUUGAGAAAGCACAACGGCCAAUGCUCUGACUUGAAGUCUUUUUCAGGGGCGUCCUGUGCGUUUUGACAAAUCAUGUAGGAAGUCAUCUAGGUCACAUGAACACAGCACCACACUGCAGCGCAUGUGGUGUACAUGUACACAACUUGUAGGUGACAGCACAGCGGCAGAACAGGAAGGUGUUCAGGCUCAGUCAACCAAGCAAUGGUAAAACAUCCCAAACCUGCUAGACUACAGCUCUGCAGUUAAUCCCAGCUUUGUGUUUUUGUUAAUAAUCUCAGAGAUGCUGAUUUCACUCAGGGGUUAUUUCUUCUUGUUUCUUUCCUGUGUUAGGCAUAUGUCCUAAUGAUUUUUUAACACGUCUCCCAUCAUAGUAUUUGUGACUCAUGCAGCAUCACUUCACUUUCUGGCCUCAUAUAAGUUGCCUUAUGUUGCCCUAAACAAAUCGUGAUUGUCAGGACUGUAUUAAAGCUGACACACACACUGGUAACUCAGUAUGACUCAUUCCCUGUGUAGCUGCCUCUGUUAUUGUGAUUUUCAGUGCUCUCUGCCCAAAUUGCUGGUGCAUCAGUCACAAAAACUGCAAAAUUACGUAACAUCACAAGUGGAGAAGUUCAAAAAAUCACGAUGACAUACCCCCCAACACAGUAAAACUGCAUCAGAAAAGAAGUACAGUGACCACAAGUACACACUCACCGAACUGACUGAAACACACUUAAAUGGAUUUGUUUAGCAACACUACUAAGAAGUUAUUUAAAAGGGACCUCUGGGCUAAAUCAACAGCUCUGACAGCCUCAACAAAAACUGAACACGAUUAGCUUUACCUGCCUGGUAUUCGCUGCAGGGUUACUGUACUGUAAGGUGUUUCAUUUGCUUUGUACACCUGUGUGGAUGACGGUUGGUUAAUUAGUCACCGUUCAGCUCUGCUGGGUCUCGAAAUCAAUCCAGAGCAGGUACUGGUCUGUGUCACAGUGUUUCUGAUGUGAUGCUCUUGUCAGUACUUCUGGACACAGAGCACAGCAGGUACACACCAAUCAUCUACGGGCAUGUGAAGUAAAGCUGUUGCAUUAUUCAAGGAACAGUUCAACAUUUUGGAAAAAUAUUUUGUCUAGAUAGUUAAAUGAGAAGAUUGAUGCCACAGUCGUGUGUGCAUUGAGUAACAGCUUAGCUUAGAAUAACAACUGGAAGCAGGGAAAGCAGUUUUCCUGGCUCUGUGCAGAGAUUCAAAAUACCUUUACUAACACCCCUAAAGCUUACUUAUUAGCACAUUGUGUCUUGGCUGUAGCUUCAUUUUUAGCAUGCAGACAAGAGAGCGGUAGUGAUCUUCUAGCAUCUGAAAUGAAAACGAAUAAACAUUGCUUUCAAAAUGUUGAAAUUUCCUAUAAACCAACAAGCUUUGCUAAACCACACAACUUCAGCUGUUUAGCUUUGCUAAACAUAAACGCUAGUAAGAGGGGGAGAGACCUAACCUGGUUCUGGAAAACUGCCUAUGAGUUCCUCUAAAGCGCACCAAUUCACAUUAUAGAGCCAGGCUAGGCAAGGGAAUUUGCCAUGUUUUCCAUUGUUAAUGCUAUGCUAAGCUAAUGGUCUAGUGGCUGCAUAUUCAUAUUUAGCAUACAGACAUGAAAAUGAUAUCUCAUUAUCUAACUUUUUUCAAGAAAGGAAUUGAGGAUUAAAGUGUAAAACCAUCAAUUUGUGGUUCUUCGAGGCGAUUUGCGUUGUAACAGCAGAAUUCUUGUGGGUGGACAGAUAGAGUGUAGUUUGCCGUGUUUUAGGACGAAACUUCACCUAAAACCAGAAAAAAUGCACCUGUUCGGUUUGUGUGGUGAUUUACGAAAAGACAAGUCACAUAUGAUAAGAGGUUUAGGCUUAUUUUUUAAAUCUGGAUAGAGCCAAGCUCCCUGUUUGCCUCUGGUUCCGGUCUUUAUGCUAAGCUAAGCUAAUCUUGCUUCCUGGCUAAAACACAAACACACAAACAUUAGAAUGGUAUCAGUAUUUCUCAUCUAACUCUUAACAGGAAAAUAAAUGAAUGUACUCAACAAAUUGCUGAAAUAUCAUUUUAAAGCUGUCAACCUGUUAGCCUACCAAAUAAAAUAAAUGCAGAUUAAAGACGGAUCCUGGAACACACUUAUCUAUCAAAUGUUUGAGGCGCGAAUCUGCUAUAUUCAGUGAGGUUCCACAGAAGUCUGACUAUCAAAAAGAACACAACAGGCAUUCAGAUAUGAAGUGUGCAGAACUUUCCAAAUCACAUCUGGAUCAAACUGUAGAUGCAAACUAUUUUUAGGAGCAGUUCGGAGUGGCAGAUGGGAGGGGGUUUUCUGUGUUUGGACAAUGGAUAAUAGCUGGUUGUCAGUCACAGACAAUUAUGCCUCAAUAGAGGUAGUCUCUCUGAUUGAUGGAAAAGUGUGCGGGGGGGCACCACCCUCAGAUAUUAUUUCUUGUAUUUCUGGGCCUGUUUUGGCAUUUAAGUGUCAUGAUGUGACAUCAUGUUAAGUCUACAAAUUAGUUUCAUAUCAAGAAAUAAAGUAUCUAAAUUUUUUCACUUAAUUACAGUAAAAACACAACCUAUGGGUUAAAGCUACAUUCCUCUACAGCACCUGGAGAAACAGUGCAUGAGUAAUGGAUGACAGGAAGUGGGCAGUGGAAAAUUAUUGAUAAGAUUUAUUUCAAAUAUCAUCACAGAGUGAUUAUAUUCUGAAUAUCUGAAGGUGGAUUUUUUUACUUGUUGGGUGAAACACACUCCCAUGUGACACACAAUGAGCAUAAAGUCAAGUGCCAAGAAUUACUUGCAAAUAAAUCUGAUUUUGGUCUGGUGUCUGUUGAAAAACAGUUCUAUGUUAGGGAAAUGGACCCACUGAGUCUGAACUGUACCUUACUGAAAUCCUAUAUGACAGUGAAAGAAAAAUUGUGUCGCUUUCUGCUUCUGACUUGCUUUUAACAAUAAGCGACCCAGAAAACAACCGCCUACUCUAUAUUCACGCAAGUACUGUAAUAGUUUUUAAGUAGGACUGCAUACACCAGCAUUAACAGGCUCCUCUGUUUUGCUUAGGCAAGAAAAUGUAUGUUCUACUACUUGAACAAGCAAGGACUACUUGAAGUGGUUGUACAACAUUUUUUUAUCUUCACCUGCCUCACCUGUGCACAGAUGAGACUAUUAAUUUGUCUGACGUGAUUAUGCAUAUCACAUGUAGUUCAGAACAAUACUGUAAUAUUUUGCCUAAGUACAGAAAAGAACAUCCACAGAAAACAUUAAAAAUAUGGAUAUUUAAGCUGUUUUUGAGUUUUACUGUUAUUUCACCGUUUAACCACCAGAAAUGAAUCAUACUUUACAGAAAAAAAUUAGGAAAUCAGCUUCUGUACAUAAUACAAGUACUGUAUAAGAUAUAGUCAUGUGAUGUUACCAUCUCCAUGCUGUUUAUCAACAUGUGCUAUGUGAGAAAAGCCUGCUGAAUGUAUAGAAACGACCGUUUGGUCCAGAUGGUUUCCCCCUGGGAAUUCUGACUGUAGUCCAGUUCCGGACAACCUACAGCAGGUUAGUCACGAGUGGGAAGUAUGGCAGUGUAUCAUUAUAUCAUCGUUUGUGGCAAGAUGUUUUGUUUUUUUUGUUGUUGUUGUUGUUUUUUUUUUUGUUGUUGUUGCUGUUGCAUUCAACCCACUGUUGUGUGGUACAGCAAAAUGGGUGGACAAAAUAACAGAAACACUUCACAUUUUGGUAGCAAAUAGUCUCCUGAAAAAGGCAUUAAGGUUGUGUUUUCAAUUAGGCCACCAGAACACUUCUGAUAUUUAUAAGGUUUUUGUUGAGAUUGAGGUCUUGAGACAGACAAGUUAAUUCAGCUGUAUUUUCCAAUAUAAUUCAAGUUUGCAGGAAAGAACAACAUCAUUUGAAUGUAAUAAUGGAGAAAAUAUAAAUUGGUACACUUUUACUAAAUUAAUUCCAAAUAAUCUGUAGUGCCUUUUGGUCAGAGCACAUAUAAAUGUGCAUAAAUGUCAUAUUUGUCUACAGACAAAUUGUAGCCGUGUUUCUGCUGUGUAGUCCACCGUGUUUGACAUGUUUCUCCUUCUGAUCUUUACAGCUUUAUUAAGUUUGGACAUCACACAUUUGCUUGUCUUUAUGUUUCUGUGUGGAGUGCUGUUGCUAUCUAUGGAAUCACUCCACUAACUUUUUAUUAAAGGUCAGAUAGUCUCUCAGAUGCUCCUGUAUGUAUGUAGAAGUUAUUGUCGAUGUCAGGGGUUCCCAACCAUUUUUGCCUGAAGAUGAAGCAAUGCCUACUCGUGACCCCUCAUCACAGGUUGCAUAUGUCCACUGGUUGUGAGUGGUUGGGAAUCACUGCUGUAGGAUUAUAUAAGAAAGUAACGUAGCAGCGAUCUGUGUCAAUAAAGUGAAUGAUGAGCUCAAGAUCGGGAAAAUUAAAAAUAAUCUAACCUUAUGAACAUAUGAAUGCAUAAAAACACUAAUCAAACUGUCAUAUGCAAAAAGACCAAAAUAAUAAGAUCAAAGUGUCCGUUGCUGACAGUGGGGUAAUUAGGAUUGAAUCUUGUUAUCAAUAAUUUGCUUGCCACUUCAACAUCAACCCAGCUUGUAAGGCCUGGCCCUGUGCCUGUGAAACUGCCUUCAGCCAUUAGAUGUGCAGUGAAAAGCAACAGAAGGAGUAUCCAUUUGACAAAUCCCUGUAUUGACCCCCUGUGGCUGGAGCAUCUGCUGUUUUCUACUUUGGCCAUAGACCUGAGUAUCUAUGUCAAGGACAAAAAUAGUUCCACUGAGAAGGUCAACUGUGGCGCCUUUUCUCUGUUUUUAGACAAAUUCUGGACAGAUUAAUACUGAAGGUGUUUGUUGCAAAUGUACACCUAUUUGGAUUGGUAAAGUGCAUUUGUUGUGUAUUUGUUAUCUGUACACUACAGAGGUAAAUCUUAUUUUUUCCACCACUAGCCUGUAUUUAUACUGAAUCGUUUAAUUAUAUGGCUGUUAUUCAUCUUGGAAGGCAAAUUUCUUUGAUGAAGGCCAAAAUAGGAUGACCUUCAAUAAUUCCAUAGAUGUUUAAAAUAGCUGAGAAGAUUGGU